GCCCGGUCACGACGAGGCUACUGCCUUCUGUUUUAAAGUGCUGGCCUCGCCUUUCCUUCCCCUCAUCUAGCACUUUCCACACCUUUGCGACUCACAAUCGAACAUGCUUGUCAAAAUGACUUCCGCCAAUAUCACCGCGGAGGACCUCACUGAAACCCUUGCCAAUGACAUCAAAGUCAAAGUGGCCGGUAUUGACUGCGAUGGUAUCCUGCGGGGAAAGGUCAUGUCCAAAGAGAAGUUCCUGGGUAUCGCUCAGAAGGGAUUCGGAUUCAGCUCCGCGGUGUUCGGGUGGGACAUGCAGGACGUACUCUACACGACAGAUGCAAAGAUUGCGCCCGCUGAUUCGGGCUACGUCGACUUCAUUGCCAUCCCAGACCUGAAUUCCUUUCGUCGCAUACCGUGGGAGGACAACAUCCCGUUCUUCCUCGUGCGCUUUACUCAGAAUGACAGACCUGUGUCGGCAGAUGGCCGGAGCUUGCUCAGGUCGAUCUGCGACAAACUUGCAGCGGAAAACUGCCAGGCGAUGGCUGGAGUCGAGCUAGAGUUCAUGAACUUCCAAACCCCCUCCGAAGACGGCUAUGGAGCCAAUGGCUCCCACCUCCGCGACCUUGCCGCUUUCCUCGACAAGAAUGCGCCCAGUGCACUGCGCCCCUUGACGCAGGGCAGCUUUUCCUACAGCGCAACGAGACCCGUGGCAUACAAGAAAUACUUCUACGACAUCUUCGACACUAGUGCGCAGUUCAACUGUGGAAUCGAGGGUUGGCACACGGAAGGCGGGCCGGGUGUAUACGAAGCAGCGCUCAAAGUAUCCCCGGUGGACGAAAUGGCAGACAAAGUGUCCUUAUUCAAACUUCUCGCCAAAUCAGUCGGCCUCGAACAUGGCAUCACGCCUUGCUUUAUGGCCAAGCCGAUGCAAGGCCAACCGGGCAGCUCUGGCCACAUCCACGUUUCCUUAUGCGAUCUGGAGGGCAAGAACCUGUUCGCACGUGAGACCCCCGACACAAACGCCCCCUGGGCCGACGCAGCCGGACUGUCCGACCUAGGUCGCCAAUUCCUGGCGGGACUACUUGAGGCCCUGCCUGAUAUCAUGCCGCUAUUCGCCCCCACAAUCAACUCCUACAAGCGCCUGGUGGAGAACUUCUGGGCCCCCGUCAACAUCAGCUGGGGGCUGGAGGACCGCAUGGCUUCGAUUCGCAUCAUCACGCCGCCCGUGUGCAAGCCGGGCGCGACGCGCUUCGAGGUCCGCAUCCCCGGCGCGGACCUGCACCCGCACUACGCACUCGCCGCGAUCCUGGCCGCCGGCUGGCGGGGCGUACAACAAAAACUGGAGAUCUCGGUCCCGCCCGUGUCGGCGAUGAAGUCGGACAACCGGAAGCCCGAGCUGCUGCCUAAUACGCUGGAGGAGGCGCUGCGGCGGUUCAAUGCACCGGGCAGCAUUGCCCGUGAGAUCCUGGAUCCGGAGUUUGUGGAGUUCUUCACGGCCACGAGAGAGCACGAGUUGCGCGUGUGGAGAGAGGCUGUCACGGACUGGGAGUUCAAGCGGUACAUUGAGACGGUUUAG